AAUGGAGUCCAUUUAGAAACCAAUCUUUAGACUGUGUUCACCAUCAGCGCGGCUCUGAUAUGACUUUUAAAUCUGAUCCCUUCAGGUCGCCAGGAGCCUCCUCUUUCAGCCCCUUUGGCAGAGAUGGGCUCGCGAGCCCUGCAGCUGUGCGCGCCCUCCUUCACUGCCCCUGACAGCUCGUGCAGCAUGCACGUGCAGGCGGCUGUUUUCGGCGACCCCCAGCAGCAGCAGCAGCAGUUUGGAGACGUGAUGCUGCCCAGCAACGGCUACAGCUUCAGCCCCAGAGGAGGCAUGGACUACAGCUCCCCCAUGGCCUCCCAUCCCACCUCCUCCCCUCUGCCCUGGAACCACGCUCUGUCCUCCGAUGUGGACUACUACGGCCAGGGAAUGGCUGCCUACUCCUCAUCCGAGUCCCUGACGCUCUGCAACCCCCUGGAUCCCAACAGCUACUCCCCACAGGACUCCUUCUCUUCUUCCUCCUCAUCUUGCUACGACUCGCCUACUAGGAUGGAGUCCAGCUUCCACAGCUUCCCCUUGGAAAACUACUCCUACCAGCAAUGCGGCUCCCAUCAGGACUUUAUGCCGGGCUGCUGGCCGGCCCAGCAGGAGAGCAUCCCUGUCCCUGAAUACACCCCUUAUUACACCCCCACAGACUAUCCCUACAUCCCACCUGUGGAGGAAAGCUACGCCAGGAAGGAUUUUACUCUGGGAUCUGAAAUGUGUUAUAACGUUCUAUGAUGAG